AUGGAGAGAUCAUGGAGCGCUCCUCAGGACAAGAUGGAGAGAUCAUGGAGCGCUCCUCAGGACAAGAUGGAGAGAUCAUGGAGCGCUCCUCAGGACAAGAUGGAGAGAUCAUGGAGCGCUCCUCAGGACAAGAUGGAGAGAUCAUGGAGCGCUCCUCAGGAGAAGAUGGAGAGAUCAUGGAGCGCUCCUCAGGAGAAGAUGGAGAGAUCAUGGAGCGCUCCUCAGGAGAAGAUGGAGAGAUCAUGGAGCGCUCCUCAGGAGAAGAUGGAGAGAUCAUGGAGCGCUCCUCAGGAGAAGAUGGAGAGAUCAUGGAGCGCUCCUCAGGAGAAGACCUCCUUACCUCUAAUGUCCAUCCAGAUCUAUCCUAUAAUAAUCCACCUGAUCAUGGGGAACCUUCUCCUGACCAACCACACAUUGUUACCACAAGGACAGAUCAGAAACAUGGGAAAGGUUUCUAUUGUGAUGAAUGUGGGAAACAAUUUACGAAAAGAUCAGCUCUUGUUAUGCACCGAAAAAGUCACACAAGAAAGAAUCUGCAUGCGUGUUCAGAAUGUGGGCAACGCUUUAAAAGUUCAUCAGCUCUUAUUAUACAUGAGAGAAUUCACGCAAGAGAGAAGCUAUAUUCUUGUUCAGAAUGUGAAAAAUGUUUCCCAAGUAAAUCAGGCCUUGUUAAACAUGAGAGAAUUCACACAGGAGAGAGGCCAUAUUCAUGUUCAGAAUGUGGGAAAUGUUUCUCAACUAAAUCAUAUCUUGUUCAACAUGAGAGAAUUCACACAGGAGAGAAGCCAUUUUCAUGUUUAGAAUGUGGGAAAUGUUUCCCAAGUAAAUCAUAUCUUCUUAUACAUGAAAAAAGUCACACAGGAGAGAAUACAUAUUCAUGUUCAGAAUGUGGGAAAUGUUUCCCAAGUAAAUCAAAUCUUCUUAUACAUGAGAGAAUUCACACAGGAGAGAGGCCAUAUUCAUGUUCAGAAUGUGGGAAAUGUUUCUCAACUAAAUCAUAUCUUCUUAUACAUGAGAGAAUCCACACAGGAGAGAAGCCAUAUUCAUGUUCAGAAUGUGGGAAAUGUUUUAGAGAGAAAAUCCAUCUAGUUACACAUCAGAGAACCCACACAGGAGAAAAGCCAUUUUCAUGUUUAGAAUGUGGGAAAUGUUUCUCUACUACAUCAUAUCUUGUUAUACAUGAGAGAAGUCACACAGGAGAGAAGCCAUUUUCAUGCUUAGAAUGUGGGAAAUGUUUCUCUACUACAUCAUAUCUUGUUAUACAUGAGAGAAGUCACACAGGAGAGAAGCCGCAUUCAUGUACAGAAUGUGGGAAAUGUUUCAUAAGUAAUGUUAAGCUUGUUAGACAUAAGAUUUGCCACACAGGGGAAAAGCUACUAUCAUGUUCAGAAUGUGGGAAAUGUUUUAGAGAUAAAUUCCAUCUUGUUAGACAUGAGAGAACUCACACAGGAGAGAAGCCAUUUUCAUGUUUAGAAUGUGGGAAAUGUUAUAAAUCCAAAACAUAUCUUGAUAUCCAUAAGAGAAGCCACCUUCAUGUUGAUUACACCAUAGUGAAGAAGACAGGGGGGGAGUGUGUGGUCCCCAGCAGCCAUCUCCAUGAGUCAGGAGGACGGAGCAGGGCCCGGGGCCCCAUCACGGAGCCUCCACCUCACUCACUGAUACAUGAGGAGAAGAUCCUAGAACUCACCCACAGGAUCACUGAGCUGCUGACUGGAGAGGUUCCUAUAAGGUGUCAGGAUGUGGCGGUCUAUUUCUCCAUGGAGGAGUGGGAGUAUGUAGAAGGACACAAGGAUCUGUACCAGGACAUGAUGGAGGAUCACCGGCCCCUCACAUCACAAGAAAAUGAACAUGAAGAUAUGAUGGAGCGCUCCUCAGGAGAAGACCUCCUUACCCCUAAUGUCCAUCCAGAUCUAUCCUAUAAUAAUCCACCUGAUCAUGUGGAACCUUCUCCUGACCAACCACACAUUGUUACCACAAGGACAGGUCUGAAACAUGGGAAAGGUUUCUAUUGUAAUGAAUGUGGGAAACCAUUUACAAAAAGAUCAGCUCUUGUUAUUCACCAAAAAAGUCACUCAAGAAAGAAGCAGUAUGUGUGUUCAGAAUGUGGGCAACGCUGUCAAAGUCCAUCAGAUCUUAUUAUACAUGAGAAAAUUCACACAAGAGAGAAGCCAUAUUCAUGUUCAGAAUGUGAAAAAUGUUUCCCAAGUAAAUCAGGUCUUGUUAAACAUGAGAGAAUUCACACAGGAGAGAGGCCAUAUUCAUGUUCAGAAUGUGGGAAAUGUUUCUCAACUAAAUCAUAUCUUGUUCAACAUGAGAGAAUUCACACAGGAGAGAUGCAAUUUUCAUGUUUAGAAUGUGGGAAAUGUUUCCCAAAUAAAUCAAAUCUUCUUAUACAUGAGAGAAUUCACACAGGUGAGAGGCCAUAUUCAUGUUCAGAAUGUGGGAAAUGUUUCUCAACUAAAUCAUAUCUUGUUCAACAUGAGAGAAUUCACACAGGAGAGAAGCCAUUUUCAUGUUUAGAAUGUGGGAAAUGUUUCCCAAGUAAAUCAAAUCUUCUUAUACAUGAGAGAAUUCACACAGGAGAGAGGCCAUAUUCAUGUUCAGAAUGUGUAAAAUGUUUCUCAACUAAAUCAUAUCUUGUUCAACAUGAGAGAAUUCACACAGGAGAGAAGCCAUUUUCAUGUUUAGAAUGUGGGAAAUGUUUCCCAAGUAAAUCAAAUCUUCUUAUACAUGAGAGAAUUCACACAGGAGAGAGGCCAUAUUCAUGUUCAGAAUGUGGGAAAUGUUUCUCAACUAAAUCAUAUCUUGUUCAACAUGAGAAAAUCCACACAGGAGAGAAGCCAUAUUCAUGUUCAGAAUGUGGGAAAUGUUUUAGCGAUAAAUUCCAUCUAGAUACACAUCAGAAAACCCACACAGGAGAAAAGCCAUUUUCAUGUUUAGAAUGUGGGAAAUGUUUUACAACUACAUCAUAUCUUGUUCAACAUGAGAGAAGUCAUACAGGAGAGAAGCUAUUUUCAUGUUCAGAAUGUGGAAAAUGUUUCUCAAAUACAUCAUAUCUUGUUAUACAUCAGAGAAAUCACACAGGAGAGAAGCCGUAUACAUGUACAGAAUGUGGGAAAUGUUUCAUAAGUAAAGUUAAGCUUGUUAGACAUGAGAUUUGCCACACAGGGGAGAAGUCACUAUCAUGUUCAGAAUGUGGGAAAUGUUUUAGAGAUAAAUUCCAUCUUGUUAGACAUGAGAGAACUCACACAGGAGAGAAGCCAUUUUCAUGUUUAGAAUGCGGGAAAUGUUUCUCAAAUAAAUCAAGUCUUGUUACACAUGAGAAAAUUCACACAGGAGAGAAGCCAUUUUCAUGUUCCGAAUGUGGGAAAUGUUUUAUAACUAAAGGAGAGCUUGUUUUACAUCAGAGAACUCACACAGGAGAGAAGCCAUUUUCAUGUUUAGAAUGCAGGAAAUGUUUCUCACAUAAAUCAAGUCUUGUUACACAUGAGAAAAUUCACACAGGAGAGAAGCCAUUUUCAUGUUCAGAAUGUGGGAAAUGUUUUAAAAUGAAAAAACAGCUUGUUUUACAUCAGAAAACUCACAUAAAAGAGAAGCCAUUUUCAUGCUCAGAAUGUGGGAAAUGUUAUAAAACCAAAUCAUAUCUUGGUAUCCAUAAGAGAAGCCACCUUCAUGUUUAGAAUGAGGGAAAAGUCCAGAUAAAUUAUGAAUAUUUUAUGGACAUGGAAUUAAAUUGAAAUUUUAUAUUUUCCCUGCACCCUACUGUGUUUGUUGGACAUGAGAGAAGUCACACAGGAAAGAAGAUAUUUUGAUGUAUUCUUAGUAAAAGUAUUUUAUAAAGAAAAAAAAUAUUGAAACUCGCCAAAGAAUUCAAAAAGAGAAGAAACAACAGUGUUCUUGUUGGGGCACGUUCACACGGCCGUGUGCCCCGUUAUCAAUAGGUUUGAUAAUUUAUCAAACGGUUGCAAUUGUUUUUACAAUUUCUUUAUCCCCCGUUUGGUUCCUGUUCCCUUUGCAGUACUUUUUCGCCCGUUGAAAAUUACGGAAUAGAAAUGGAUAUUAUAAAUUUAACACUGAAGCCUAUGGGUGACGGAUGAGCCUUUAUGUUAUCGUUUGCACCCGGUUUAUAAUAUUCGUUAUUACUUCUGAGCUCAGAAGAGGUGACAUCAGCAGAGGGACUACUACUCCCAUCAUGGAACAGACUCCUGCAGUGUUGUGGGACUACUACUACCCCCAUCAUGGCAC